AUGAUAACACGCAGCUCCAAGAAUAUUCUCUCCCCAGCCCCCAAUACCAAGGGCCAGGGUUGGAGAGACCCGGACAGGGACGGAGGCCGAAAGAGGAAGAGGUCAGGUACUCACAAUGCCCAAAACUCGAAAGCCAGACCAGAAACUAGCACGCGAAUGGAGCCAUGUGCUAUAUCUACGCCCCCUGCCCCCAAGGUCCUGUGCCGAUGGCCUGAAAACGUUAGCCAAGGAUGCUAUGAUGUGCCCCUUGAAGACUGGAGCCCACGACCUACUGGAUGGCUGGAACCCACGCCCUAUGACACGGCUCCAGUCCCAGGUCAGAGCUCCAGGCCUGUUCCCCUGAGAGGAGCAGAGGAGACAGGUCACUGCCAGGACCAUGGAUCCUCCUCUACUUUCUGUCCCAGAGCCACUAAACGGCCCCGGAAAGCAGCAAGACUGGAGAAGCUGUAUUUCAAGGGGCCGUUGCUAGGUAAAGGGGGCUAUGGCUCAGUGUAUGCGGGGACCAGGAAGACUGAUGGCAUGCCGGUAGCCAUCAAGUAUGUGUCCAAGGCCCAAGCCGACGAGGAGCUGGACAUUCCGGGACAAGGCGGAUCCCUGCCCCUGGAGGUGGCGCUCAUGAAGCAGGUAAACAUGGCUCCCCAGUGCCCCUACGUCUUGCGCAUGCUGGAGUGGUUUGACCAGCCCACGCGCUACGUCAUGGUGCUGGAGCGCCCCGAGCCUUGCCAGGACCUGGUGGCCUUCUGCCAGGACCACGGGGGCCUCAUCACUGAAGGGUUGGCACGGCAGGUGAUGGUGCAACUACUGAGGGCGCUGGAUCACUGCCGUGAGCGAGGGGUCCUGCACCGCGACGUCAAGCCGGAGAACAUGCUCAUCCAGAUCGACUCUCACCGGGUCAAGCUCUUUGACUUUGGCUGUGGGGAUCUGCUGAAGUAUACCGCCUACAAGGACUAUGCAGGCACCCUGGAGUACACCCCUCCAGAGUGGUUCCUCCAGAGACAGUACCUGGCAGGGCCCACCACGGUCUGGUCUGUGGGCAUCACCCUCUUCACCCUGGUGUGUGGCCUCUUGCCCUUCACCACCAUCCGGGAGACCAUCAAGGGGCGUGUGCACUUCUCUAGGAGCGUCUCCCCAGAAUGCCGUCAUCUGAUUCGCUGGUGUCUGAGCGCCAAGCCAAAGGACCGUCCGACGCUGGAGCAGAUCCAGCUCCACCCCUGGCUACUAUGA